CAAUAAUUUUCUUAUAAAUUCAAGUUUCGGCCUCUGCAUACAAAAAUCAUUUUUACUUUUUUUAAAAUGCGGCGCACACAAAUGGUAAAAUAUAUAUACCCACGGUGUGCAAUAAACACUGGUUUUUCCCUGCGUUUUAUGUCAAAAUCUGGCGAUGCAAAAUCUUCUAAUACAGGAAAGAAAGAUACAACGAGUAAAGAGGGUAAAGAGGGUAAAGAUGCCAAAUCCUCUGAACCAGUUAAAAAAGAUACAACGAGUAAGGAGACGAAAGUUAUACAAGACACCAAGCCGAAAGAUGAAACUGCUAUAAAAGGCGGAACGAAAUGCAAACCAAUAUUCAAACCUGACCCAACAAAAGAUAAAGGUAAAAAAAAACUCAAAACAUGUGAUGAAUUGCUACUUGGUAAACCAAAGCAAAAGAAGAAACUGGCUUUAACUGCAAUUCAAGGGGGAGACUUGGGAUGCCUAGCCGUAACCGAUAAAAAACCACCAACUACUGGACAUUCCAAGAUAUGGCAAAGGAUCUCCCUUUUCGGCGUCCUGCCUUUUAUCGCCAUUUUAACUCUCUUGGUUUUUAGUACUCGGGUGGAAGACGAUCGCCUAGAAUUUAAGAACUAUCCCCAUAUGUACAAUCGAACGAAGCGAUUUUUCUUUCGCGAUGGAAAUCGCUCAGCUUUCCACAACAGCCAUUUCAAUGCUCUGCCCCCGGGAGGAUAUGAGGAUGAAAUCGAUGAAAGUGCCGUUGGACAGGACCCAGAGUCAGAGAAAGAUAAAAAGGCCCGGCUAAAAGAAUUUGAUAAAGUCGUCAAAAAUUGGCGCAAACAUACAUCAAAAAGAGACGAUCAGCUUAAAAAGGAGGCGGCCGCUGCUGAAAAGGAGGCUAGAAGACAGGAAGCGCAAUGAAAAUAGGUACAUUUUAUGAAGAUUAUAAGCACCGUUCAAAAAAAUAUGUCAGCAACAAUUAAAAAUAAAUAAUACAAUUUUGACCAAUGAUCAUUGAA